AAACAAUAUUGCACUUCCCAACGCGAUGGUCUUUGCUGAUUUGCCACAGGCUGUGGUAGUGUCUGGAGCCGGGUGCGAGGAGGCGAAUGGAGUAUACAGGGCCACAGAGAAGGAGUACUGCGAAGCUCCAGUCUACGAACAUGCUGAUCGAGGACAGGAACUCAAGAUCACCAGGGAACCGCACAAGAACGCGAAAACAGGUGCAGUAAAGUACGGGUGGCUGCUUGGCAAAAGUGGUCAGCCUUUGUACGGUGCAAGAACAGAGUCCUUGACAGUUCCGGCCUCUGGCUGGAAAAAGUUUGGUGGUGACGAGCCCAUCCCAGCCAUCAAGGUGUUGCUGCACAUGGACGAAGUCUUUUUCUUCUCGGCUGAUGAUUCCAAGCUUGCAGGGGAUGAUGCUAUGGAGCAAAAGGACUGGCAAAGUGCAAUCCAACACUACACGGCUGGGAUAGACAUGCUCAAGCAAACUACUGACCGCUUAAAUGAAGGUUUCCGAAGCCGUGCUUGCCUGCUGCUGACUCAGAGGGGAACUGCCCAUUUACAGCUGAAGGAGCCCAAAGCGGCACUGCGAGAUGCUGUGGCUGCCAUGGAUUUGGAGCACUCGGCUGCAGAGGCCCUGGCCCUGGAUGCUCUCACAGAGCUUGGAUUCAAGGAUCUCUCCCACAAGAUUCUGGAACCUGUGGGCUCCGGUCAUAUUUUGGAUCCUGCAGCUCCCCUGGUGCUCAGAUGUGUUGACAGAUGGGUUUCCGAGAUUGUGAAUCAUUUCUCAGAGGCUGAUGCAGAUACUGAGCUUCCUAUGCCGAUCCAUAUGCCGUCAGACAGGUACUUGGAUGGAUUAGAUGAGGAAACUCGAGCAGCAGUCAUCAAGAAAUACAUUCCUGAUGAGCCAUUUGGAGGCACUGCUGUGAUUUCAAAUCCAACGGAGUGCCUUGAGCUCAUGAAAAAAUGGGAAGAGGUGUUCUCUGGUAUGGAGUUUCAGUCCCGGAGAAAGGCGUUGUGGGAUCGACGAGACCUCUCCUUUCCUCAGCGAAUGAUGGAGACCAGGUGGGGUCCAUGUUGCAGAAGAAAUGGCAGAAGAUGCCAGAGCUCGAGAGCUCAAGCUUUGACACAGAACAGCUGCGACAGCAUCUUGGCAACUUCUCAGGAAUGUGGGAAUUGUGGGAUGGGAGACAUGCGUUACAACAUGUUACAGCCGUUGAGGACCAUGGUCGCAGAGAGCCUUGCGAAAGUGCUGGAGCCAAUGGGAUUUGCUCCUGGCAGGCCUGGCCUGGCGCGAUGCGUCAAGCAGAUGCAGAUCCACUGGUCCACGGACAAGAACUGCGCCAACAAGGCUCUGGAUCUGGAAGAGAUGGCAGAUGUGAGCCUUGCUGACCUCGAGUAAAAUCAAAAGAUUCUAAAGAGCAAAAA